AUGGCUCAUAGGGCAUUGUUUCAAGUCAUAUUAUCGGGUGCUCAAGUAUUUGGACGCGCUUUUACCGAAGCCUACAAACAAGCAGCUGUUCAGGCCGGGAAACAAGGACAAAAUGCUGCUAGAACAGGGGCAGCUAGUGCCCAGUACGGUGGUAUUACCCUUGAUGAGAGCUCUAAGAUCUUGAACAUUGAGAAUGAGAAGGACAUGAAUCUUGAAAAGAUUGAAGAGAGAUUUAAGUACCUGUUUGAUGUGAACGACAAAGAUAAAGGAGGCAGCUUCUACCUCCAGAGUAAGAUCUACAGAGCUGCUGAAAGACUUAAAUACGAGUUGGCUGAAAAGGAGAAGGAAAAAGCCGCGAAUGCUACCAACCAACAACCGCCGUCAGGAGAAUAA